AUGACACAGCCAACGAGGGCGGAGGCCGGUUUGGGGAAGCGUCCCUGUUGCUCAGAGACUGGCGGAGGGAAGACAUGGUCAGGGGAGAAGGAGAAGAAGAAGCAGGAGAAGGUGGAAAUAAGGAGUGUGUUUUCUCAGCCCAACACUAUUUGGGAGAUCUCUACAAGUCUUACAAGACAAUCCACACUUCGCAGAUCUCUGCAAAAGUCUUGCAAGGCAAUCCACACUUCGGAGAUCUCUGCAACAGUCUUACAAGACAAUCCAUACUUCGCAGAUCUCUGCAAAAGUCUUGCAAGGCAACCCAAUACUUCGCAGAUCUCUGCAACAGUCUUGCAAGGCAACCCACACUUCGCAGAUCUCUGCAACAGUCUUACAAGGCAAUCCACACUUCGCAGAUCUCUGCAACAGUCUUACAAGACAACCCAAUACUUCGCAGAUCUCUGCAACAGUCUUGCAAGGCAACCCAAUACUUCGCAGAUCUCUGCAACAGUCUUGCAAGACAACCCAAUACUUCGGAGAUCUUUGCAAAAGCCUUGUCAGGCAACCCAACACUUCGCAGAUCUCUGCAACAUGGUGGUGUCGCCUCCGUGCAGCAGCGUGAGUUACAGUUGGCACAGGAUCAGUCACAGUGACCUGCACCUGCCCGCCCCAGCACCUCUACUGCAGACCGUCGUGACCAGAAUGAGGCUGUCGACGCCGUUCCUGUUGGUGGCCUGCGGACUGUUGGGCUUGGCCUGCCUCCUGGCUGUGGUCGGGCGCUGUUGCUACGCCCACGCCGCCCUGGUCGCCGCCCUUCUCUACUCUCUAGGAGGUCUGAGCGUGGGCGUGGGUGUGGUGUGGUUCGUGUCUGUGAUCUCUGAGGAGUACGGCCUGGCCUCUGGUCGCCGGACCAGCUGGGCGGCCAUGUACGCCUACCGUUACGGCUGGUCAUUAAUGGCAGCCACUAGUGCUGGCGUGGCUGCCCUCCUGGCUGCCCUCCUCACCGGCCACGCCCACCUGGCCCGCCACGCUCCCAUGGUGGCCGGGAUGCGAACCCGGUCCAGCAGCAGCACGGAGGAGAGUCUGGCCCGUCCGCUGCUGAGGUGCCGGAGUGAGGGGUGUCUGGGGCAGCGGUCCUUCACCUCAGACACCAUCAGGACCUACCUCACCUGUGACUCCCGCCGCCACCACCCGCCGCGGGGCUGCCUGCCCCCGCCGCCCCCGCCCCUCCACCACUCCCCCUCCAUCGUCGACCUCACUCGACCCUCCGAGGACCACCUGCCGUCCGAACCCCCGCCCUCACGACGCUCCUCCCGAGCCACUAUCCUUGCUGACGAUGUUACUCGUGACUGUCACAUCCACCUGCCGCAGCAGCAGCAGCAGCAGCAACAGCAGCAGCAGCAGCAACAACAGCAGCAGCAGCAUAAGCAACAGCAGCAUAAGCAGCAGCAUAAGCAACAACAACAGUCAAAGCAGUCACAAACGCAGCAGCAGCAGCAGCAGCAAGGGCGGGGCUGGCCUGUAGAAACUUCUCGAGUGAUCAUAGAGGCGCCACGUGGAGCUCUCACUCCAGCUGUGCCGCCUCCACCCCUCAGCUCCUCCUCAUCCUCCACCUCACCAAUAGAGCCGCCUCCACCUGCCCUGCCACCCGCCACCCGCGCGGCGGCGGCGGCGGGUGGCGGCCCCCGGCGGGUGACGGCAGAGUCCGCCGCCAACAGAUCAGUAUGCGAGCCACUGCGGCUGCCCGAGUACAACUCCUUCACUACGAGUGACUACAGCCGCACUCUGCCGACGGAGGCCCGCCAGAUGGCAGUGUUUGAGAGGCGCUCAGGCCAGCGGUCAUCCACCCUCACCCGCUCCUCCACCAAGAUAUCCUCGGAGGUAUGAGACCAAGACGCCGGCAGGAAAUGUUCGCGGCGAUAUUCUUAUGAUCCCGGUGGUGAGACCUGGGUCUAGGGGG